AUGGUGACCGCAAUGUCUUUCCCUUAUAUUCGACCGCGCCGGUCCCCCAGCAACAAGAAGAAGGGGCCACAUCGGCCACCUCCGUUGAAGCUGCAGACGGCGUUGCUCAAAUCAGGAGAGCAGAGAGCAAAGCAUAAAAAAGGUUGCAUCUUCGAGCCGACCAUCAAAGCCGUACGCGGCAGUGAUUGUGGUUUGAUUGAUCACAAAGAGGGAAAAGAAGAAAAGGAAGAAAAGGAAGAAAAGGAAGAAAAGGACGAAAAGGAAGAAAAGGAAGAAGAUCUGCCAUUGAGGAAGAUGGCAGUGUCUGAAUCGGGGCUAUCAGGCAAUGGAGAACCGUUGUUAAUACCUACAGCCCUGAAUAAGCCGGUUGAGAAAAGCAACAACUUGAAGAUGAACGACACGGAUGCACAAGGAGUCUCGCCACAGGCUUCACUUCGCAUAAGCACUCAUCUGAACGAUGCCUCCAGCGACUCAGACAUUUCUCCUAUAUCUGACGAUCCAGCCCCUGUACAUCGUGGCAGUGGCCUCCACCGAUUCUUCCCCGAACUCUCGACCAAUGUCGACCUAAUUUCCCCGGUCAGAGCUGAUAAAAAGAUGAAGCAGGGGGCACGCUUGUCCAUCUUGGAGAGCGAACUGGAGCAGCGGGUACAAAGUCUAUGCAAAAGCCCUCGGGGUGAAGAGGAGGACAGUAUUGGGAAGCGGAAAACCAGCUCGUCUUCGGGGUCAGAUGGCAUAUUUGAUUGCGCGUCUUCUUGCUACAGUCGACGAAGUUCAUUGUCCAGCGUGAGCGAAGAACAUUUGGACGAUAUGGAAGAAUUCCCGAUGCCUGCCGAUGCAUAUUCCAUCUAUUCACCCGCCGCAGCCGGUGUCUUUGAUGAUUCUGCAUCAGUCUGUCUAUCGCGAGCGGCGUCUAUCACAUCGAGACUACAAGUGCCAACCCCUAUAAGACGAGAAGGCACUUCCUCAACGCGGGGCCUAUAUUCAUCACAGUGCAACUCGGCUGUUUCGAUUAAUACAACAAGCACAAUGAACGACCUGAAGAACAAGCCCUUACCCCUCGAGCCUAUUUCCGAUUCUGAAAUUGCGCCCAGUCCAUUAGCAGUGGGCCAUCACAGCCGUCCGAAUCCACAACAGCGAACCAGCCCUACUAUCUACCCACACUCGCCAUACCCGCAUUCACCCCCGAGUCAUUCCCACAUCACCCUUCAUAAUUCGAAUACCGGUGUGAACUCAGGCUCGCCAUCCCACGCUUGUCAUUCCUGUGGUGGACAUUCUGCGAGACCGCGUAGGACUAAUCGUUCACAAUGGGCUGAUCGUCUGGAGAAAGGCGAACCUCACAUUCGCCAGCUACCUUCUUUGGAAAGAGCCGCGGAGGAGCUUGAAGAUGUUUUAGCUGAUUUGCAGAAGUAUGGAUCGAAGCAAAGAACACUUCUCAUACUUGAUGGACCUCUGCAAGUCAGUCGCCAUAAUGGAGAUCUUAUAGCCACGCGCCCAGCGCCUCUACCACCCUCGACGAAGCCUCACUCGAUGACCCAUUCCACGCCGUUGUUGGACUCCUUGCGAUCAAGCAAGUCAGGUAGGUCGAGCAAGUCAAGCAAGUCCAGAAGGCCCGAGAAGCUCGAGAGGCCCGAGAAGCUCGAGAGGCCCGAGAAGCUCGAGCAGCCCGAGAGGCCGAAGCGGUCCACCAAAGUUAAAAGAGACAGCCGGCCUUUGAAUCUUGCUGCUAUCCCUGAGGGUGAGCUCAAGAAUGACGACCAGAACCAAAACAAAGGCCACAAUAAGAGCAAAAGCCUCGAUUGCCAGCCUAUCAAUCCUCUGGUUGACAGCAGUGUGGGGCCAGAAAGUAACACUGCCCCGAAAGAUGCAGAAGCCAAGAGAGGAAAGCCGUUGAAGAAAUCCUUCACCUUCUCGAUGAAAUCAUUCAAGCGCAACAAACCAGUGCGAUUGGCGGGUGCCCCCUUACUUAGCACUAGCCUAUCGUCGCCCUCGGACUCCUCCCUUGACCCACCAGACGAGCCUUCGUGCCUCCAGUCAUCGCCCUCCGAUCCUACCCUGGCUGACGAAGACCAAGGUCCGACCAAACGGUCCGAUCUACUUCUGCAAUUACCUCGUCUCCAGACCAACGACCUUGAGUUAAACAGUAUUCGCGACCGCAUGGAAGUGGCCGGCCAAGGGCCCCACCAACUCCGCUUCCUCCCAGGGGAAGUGAAGAGUCAAGAGCGGGAAUGGUUUACGCCUCCCGAAGAAAAGAUCGUGGUUGAACCAGGCAUGAAAGUACCCGAAAUGUCACGAUAUACAUACGCCCUUGUCUCAACGGCACAGGCCAGUAGUGUGCAACUUCCCUCAGAUCAAGUGUAUGAACUCGCUGCGACACCUCCAUCGCCCACUUCGACCUUGCCAGUAUUUGGUGCUAGACAGCUCGUUGAGGCCAAUGUUAAUUUCCCGCCAGACUUUCCAUUGCGCCUAACCAUGGCUAUAAUGGAAAAGGUCGAUUCGCUAGAGGACCUGUUUAAUCUUGUUCUGGUUAACAGGAGGUUCUACUCUAUUUUCAAAAAGCACGAAUUGCACUUGAUAAAGAAUGCACUGUUCAAGAUGUCUCCGCCAGCUUGGGAGCUCCGGGAGAUGUCUCCUCCCUGGGCGACCGAGACACAAUUGUUAGAGCCAGACUCUCGGGUGCCUGAGUAUACGCCUUCGCUUUACCUAGAUCGAUAUGCGCAGGACAUUUACACCCUUGCAAAGCUCAAGGCCAUGAUUCUUGUAAGAUGUUCUCCAUUUCUACGCCGCGAUACUAUUCGCGGUCUUUCAGGGCUGGAUAUCGAUCGUGCCGAGGAGGUUGAUGCCGCAUUCUGGCGCAUUUGGACAUUCUGUCGUCUCUUUGGAAGCAACAAAGGCCGCGAAAAUGAUCUUGAGGGCCAGGUUGACUGGCUACGAGGGGGCGCCAAAGCUAGAGGUUAUUUUGGCGCGUCGGGAUGUAUGACAGAGCCCUUUGGUCUAGGAAAUGCUCUCUUCGAGCCACCCGAAGGUUUCGGCAGAGGUAAUGGGCUUGGUCUAUCCCCGAGACAACUGUAUGAUAUGACGGAGAUCUGGACGUGUAUGGGCGUUUUAUUACAGCCUCUUCAUGGGAAGUGUAUUGAAGCUAGGAGAGUUGGCAUAUAUGAAGGCAUGGAUGUUCCGAUCGAUGAUCACGCUCUGGAAGAGCAGGUCCUUGAAGAAUGGACGUCUUUUGUCAUGACAAUCGGGCUUUCUGCCGUUCUGGGUCUUAGCUCUCUCGCCCCAGCAGCGGCCACAACAGCUUUUUUCAACAUGGCCCAAUCCUCCGGAUUGACCAAAUGGGCGCCGACUGAGACACAAACAAGUCGUUCUUCAUUUCUGAAGGAAGCCGUCUCUCGUGUGUACGAGGAUCACGAACGUUCUCUCAGGGAUGGAGAUGGAAGCCCGAUAGAUUCGUCAGCUGGAAUCCAAACUCAACAAGAACGUGAACAGCGUCGCGCAGACUACAAGCAGGAGCUCCGUGCCAGACGAGCUCGUGGCCUUGAACAGGGAACUGGAUUCUCGGAAGAGCGGCCCAUGUCCGAAUUCAGCGAGAUCGUCCAUAAUCUAGAUGGUGCAGGUCCAGAUGCGCCUCCAGUCCCGGCUCUCCCUUCCUUGAUGCUUGACCGCGCUUCAACAUCAACCACUGGCACAGCUGGACCUCCUCACACACCAACUCAGUUUCCAUCGCCGCCACUUCCAGCCUUUGACCUAGAUGUCCCGUUCCACCCUCAAUCACGCAGCCCACCCAUGCAACACCCCCCGACCCUCUUCCCACCUCCGCACCGACACCCUAUGCCAGUUCUACCCCAACCUUUGUUCUCCCGCCCUUCUAUCCCACCACAGGUUCAAGACCCAGUUGACCGUGCAAUUGAACACAUGGUCCAAGACCUUGGCUUUGACCCAGAUGACGUGAAGUGGGCUCUGAAAAUUACCGAUACCGGAGAGGGAAUUGACGUCCAAGCUGCUGAAUCUCUACUCAACCAGCAGAAGCAGAAAAAGAAAAAGCCUUUUGCUCGCAAGGAAAGUCUUUUCCGCUCUGUCAUGAAGCGUCAGCGCUCAACGGACUCGGGUUGGCGCUUUGCCUAG